AUGCCUCCACUUGCGGCAGAACCACAAUAUGUAGACAACAUCCUUGCAGGUCCCAAGACCAAAUCAGUUGAUGAAAUUGCUGAAGCAUUUGUCCUUGGAGGGAAGGCAUUCGAUUUUGCCGAAUUGGAGCGUGUUGACCAAGGGAUAAUACCCCAAGCUGCUGCAGAUGAGGUUGAUGCCAUGAAUCAUGAUGACAAGGAUGAUGGAUGGGACGAGGCGUCGUUGAUAUCUUCGGGCUUCUCCCGGACUUCCACUAUCCCUGAAGAAAUCAUGGAUGAUGCCGACUUCGUUGCCCUGUCUACUCGUCUGCGUCGACGCAUAGAUGAUGCAUUCGAUAGAGCCGCCGGAAACAUCUCAAAAUCAUCAAAUCCGCCUCGAAAGAAGCGUAAGCUUGACUCAGCUCAGUCUGGUGGAUUCACCACUGUAGAAGACGUAUCACAAGGAGGAUUCUUGAUAGAGGACGCUGGAGGUUUUCUACUUGAUGAAUACGAAGAUCGCACUCCAUCUCCGUCUCCAGACCCUAUCUCCAUAUCACUCUCAUCUAUCCCAGCUGCACUUCAGUUUCUUGGACUCCCUUCAAAUGACGAAGAGGUUCUUUCUGUGUUUCGAAAUGCUGCGUCAGGCUGGGGAGCAAGCCUGGAGGGAUCGAGUGAAGUCAGCCGGAAGGACUGGCGAUCUGUGUGUGCUGCCCUUCUAGAGGGAGAAGACGGGGAGGGGAGUGACGAUGGCGGACCUUCUGCUGCUCAUUCCGAGAUGAUAGCACGCAGAGACCAGGAGAACGAUAGUGGCCCGGACAGUGAUGAAUAUCGCAUGUCCGUCGAUGGGGACUCGAGUGAACCAGAAGCAUCUGACGAGGAAUAUCAAGAUGAUAAGCCUACCGCUGCUUCCGGAUCGCGCAAACCCCAAAAGACAUCCAAGUCGUUACCCACCGACGCGAGGCUUGAUGCUAGUCAAUUGAGCGCGAAACAAAAGGCUGAAUGUCGGGAGGACUUCGCAAGGUUCUUUCCUGAUGUGCCUGAUGCUGAGCUGGACCGUCAGAAAAUCAUGAUCAAGGACGUUACACGCGUUGCUAAUCUGCUUAAGGAGAAGAUAAAAGCUGAGGAAAUUAUUGCAAUGCUAGAUGCGUUCUCCACCUCACCAGAUAAAUCCAUGAAUCUUCAAGACUUUGAAAGAAUGAUGGUAGCGACAAAACUCAUAAGGUAUGGGUAA